AUGCUGAUUAAAAGUUAUUGUAAAAUUGCCCGAAACCAUCUCUUUGCUAUUGCAGUAGGCGACGCUGAGCUCGCUUCAAAUGCGUUUAGUCAUCAAAUGUACUUAAACUCGUUAUCAAAGUUGCAGUUCUGCUCAAGUUUAAACGGAUGUCAGAACGGUAUGUUUAAUUGGUAUUCGUAA